ACCCUAGAUUCGCGUAUUUUCACCUACGCGAGACCAUCUAUAGAUCCUAGCCCUCUCUUCUCUCCUGUUGAAGCACCAGCGUAGACCCAGCAGCCCGCACACUCACUGCACAGUCUGAAUUUAAUAUGGUGAAAUAUGUCCUCCGUACCGUAACCGUAACCUCAAAUAAGUAACGGAAACGCAGUACAGAGAGGUGUGGGCACACCUUUCGAGAGUGAGGGAGAGAGAAAGAGAGAAAAAAAGGUGAAGGGCAGCAGGCCAGGGCCCAGAAGCCAAGGAGCAGAGUUUGGUGCACGUAGUUCACGCACGCAUUCGCCCGGAAAUCCUGGUACCUGACACUGACGAACUAUCGCCGUUGGCUAAAUGCACAAGAAAUGGCAUCUGCAACCUUUGACACAAGCCUGUUGAACAAUGAUUUUCAAGCCAAAAAGAAAGACAAAUCACUCGAGAACGAGGACAAUUUGUGGUCUAGCAUCUUAGCGCAGGUGCAGAACAGCAGCAACAACAAAUUACCAUCAAACAAAAACGUUCUUGUUUUGGGCGACAAUGAAAGUGGAAAGACUACGCUUAUUGCCAAACUGCAGGGUGUGGAAGACCCAAAGAAAGGAUCUGGCCUAGAAUAUGCUUAUAUCGAUGUUCGAGAUGAUUACAGAGAUGAUCAAACAAGAUUAUCGGUAUGGGUGCUAGAUGGAGAUCCAGGUCACGCAAAUCUUCUGAAAUUUGCUCUGAAUGCAAAAAGAUUUCCAAAUACUCUUGUGAUGCUAGUAGCAGCCAUGACUACGCCUUGGGCAUUAUUGGAUCAGUUACAAUUUUGGUCCAGGGUUCUAGGAGACCAUAUUGACAAGCUUGCCUCAGACAAUGAUGAUUUCAAACAAACUUGGCAAGACUGUCGGCAACAAAUUAAGAAAAAGUGGCAAGAUUAUACUGAACCUGGUGAUGACCUUGAUCCAGGAAGUCCUCUGAGGAGAACCAGUCGUAAUUUAGAUGAUGAAUCUGUUGAUAAUUUACCUUUACCAGAUGGAGUAUUAACAACUAAUUUAGGACUAGAUAUAGUUGUUGUAAUUACAAAGACAGAUUAUAUGUCUACUUUAGAGAAGGAACAUGAUUACAGGGAUGAGCAUUUUGACUUUAUGCAACAAUGGAUAAGACGAUUUUGUCUUCAGUAUGGUGCAGGUCUUUUUUAUACAUCAGUAAAGGAGGAUAAGAAUUGCGAUCUUCUGUAUAAAUAUUUAACACAUAGGAUCUACUCAUUGCCUUUUAGAACACCUGCUUUAGUUGUGGAAAAGGAUGCAGUCCUGAUUCCAGCAGGUUGGGAUAAUAUGAAGAAAAUUAGCAUCCUUCAUGAAAACUUGCAAUCGAUGAAGCCUGACGAUUAUUAUCGGGAUGUAAUUGUCAAACCACCCUCAAACAGAAAGAGUGUUCAGCGUCAAGUUGAAGUUCAAACCGAGGACGAGCAAGCUUUCUUGACAAGGCAACAGGAACAUCUCAUGGGCAAUAAAGAGUCCCGUUCGCCUACGACGAGGAAUCAGGUUGCGUCGCCAAAUAAGAAGUUGGAUCCAAAAGGUACCGGUGCAACUCCCUCGGGAGAAGGUGUGUUGGCGAAUUUCUUCAACUCGUUGCUGCACAAAAAGACCGGUGGUUCGCCGGGUGGCCCGGGUUCACCAGGCAGCGUUGGAGUCAGUCCCAUAAAAACAGACCCUGCAGUUGUUGAUAAGAUCGCGAUGCGAAAUGACGCUGCGGCGGAACUGGAUCGCAUAACGAAAACAAAAAAGAUCCCAUCCACGGAUCAGGACAACUUGACUGAAUCUUGAAAGCUAGACGAGUGAUCGCUGCAUGUUCUAGUAAACAAAAACAGGAAAACUGUCAAUCUUGUACGGUUGUUGCGUCAUUGUCUCUAACAGUCAAGUCACAAUGUCGUAAACGAAGCAUGUCAUAUACUGUCGGGAAAAACUCCGAAAAGCGUUUUCGGCUUUAUAAUUUAUUGAUGAUUAAAGUCUGGCUAUCGGCGAGACCGAUAUACGACAGCGCUAAACGCAGUACUGUACUUACAAAACUCAUAUACGUCAAUUUGUUCAGUUUUGCUUUUCCUUGACAUACUUCGAGACUUGCUUGACAAUAAUCAUUCCUUAAUUUGCGCCUAAAAUAUAGGGACGUGAAGCAAGUUAAACAGUGCCAGAGAAAUUAUGGGGCCAUCACGGCUUUACUAGUAAAUUCUUGCAGAAAUGCUCGACGAGUGAUAUGUUUUAUAUUUCAUUCAAUCGAAAAUACUUGUAUUUAAAAAAAGCUUUGAAUUUCGUACUAAAGGGAUGCCACAAAGUAAUUUUGUUUUGUUUAAUUUUUUUUUCUCUGAGUGAUAGCAAAAUUCCUUGUUGAUACAAGGAAGUAUUAUGUUUGCACAAGUAAUUGUAAUCAAGUUGCUGUAAGGACUUGGUUUGUACAUUGAAUUUGAUGUAAUUUUUUUAUGCAUUGCUAGUAUAAAUUGAACAAAAUUGUCAAGUAUCAAGAAAACUACUAUCAAGAUGACUGAAAGUAAAAAGAUCCAAAUUAAUAGUAUGGUGUAGUAAAUAUUUUUCAUCGCAAUACUUAGAUCAAUGCAUGUUGUUAAAUUAGCAUGGUUCAAGUGCGUGGGAUAUAAAUUUAAGAUUCGUUACAUAUUUCAUUGCGAAUUUCUGUUGAAUUUUUGAACAUUUGAUUCGCAAUAAUUCAAUGCGAAAUUUUGAGUACUAAAACUGAGUAAAUUGAUUAAAUGUUAGAAUUUUUCUUGAUAAUUGAAGUUGUUUUUAAUACUGCUUAUAAAGCUGAAAUUAUACAAUAUUUAUGCUACCUUAGAUUGGUUAUUUGAAAUUGUAUUUAUAUCUAUGCAAUUGAAAAAUAUGUAACUUGAUAUAUGAUUUGUUGCAAUAGAUACUAUGCGAAAAAGUCAUUAAUAAAAGGAUACAUUUUUAACAUAA